AUGAGAAGUUUCAGCAAGCUCGGCGUAACCCUCCUCCUUUCCGUCGUCUUCGCCCUCUUCCUCCUCUGCCUCGCCGUCACGCUCCUCUGCUUUCUCUGCCGCCGCCGCCGGCGGCGAAGCCAGAAACAACCACUCGCCGGCAAUGUUGAGCUCGGUUGCAAAGGUGCCUACUUUAAAGAAUCCACAGUGCUCAACUUUCUUUGCUGUAAGAUUCGGUCACGUGUUGAACCCGCCGGGGAUUCUUCGGUGCUCUGUUCCUCCAGCGGCGAGCAGGUAAAGAUUCCGCCGGCGGCGGCGGAGGUGGACGACGAAUGUGCGCUGGCCAUGUGGCGGGCAGUGGCGUUUGGGCCUUCGAGAGUGCUUUAUACGAUAAAGGAGGAAGAGAGAGAGGGUUUGGAGUUCGAAGAGAAGGAAGAAGAUGAUUUGUUCGCGACACCGUGCGAGUCCCCGGUGUUUUACACUCCGGCUUCAUCUCCCGCUCGAGCGCCGGAGAAGGAAGGGGCUGUCGCCGUCUGUGUUUCGCCGCCGGCUCCGGCGGAUGAGGGUCUUAGCAUUUCUUGA